AUGUUCGUCUGUGUGUUCGGCUUCAUUGGCAACACCCUCGUUACCAUAGCAACCAUGUAUCGUAAAGCCUUUAGUGGUGACAAUAUAUCCAUAGUGUUUGUGAGGAACUUGGCGAUUGCUGAUCUGUUGUACAUAUUGAUACAGGUAGUCCCAGACAUUGCAGUGCGUUUAAACUCCCACCAGUGGAUACUAGGGCCCACGUGCUGCUUCAUAUCCGCGCACGCGGUCUACAUCCCCGGGGCCGCUAACAUGGCCUUUAUCUUCUCCAUCUCCCUCUACCGGCUCCUCUCCUGCAAGUUCCCCUUCCAGUUCAGGGAGACUAUAACUAUUCAGCAAGCUAACGUGUUCAGUAUAGUGGUGUGGGCGUGGUCAGUGGUACCUAGUGUGCUGUACCUGUGUCAUAACACUCAGGCUGUAUUCCAGCCCCUCACUUCAGACUGUGAGGUUGUGUUUCAGAGAAAGGGACUGGUUAACCUCGUUAUAGCCGGCCCUUAUGUUGUAGUACCCUUCCUGGGACUCAUCACUUGUAAUAUCUGGCUCUAUUGUAUCGCCAGGAAGUCCGCUGCUCGACUUGGUAAGUCUGCUCGACAAGCUCUUGUUACAAUUGGAGCUGUCUCUGUUCUCUUCACUGUCUCCUGGCUGCCCUAUAUUGCCAGGAAGAUUGUCAUGAUUGUAACUAAGAAGGAUCUGAACUGGCCCAUGAGACCUGAUAUCAUGUUUUACGAGCUGAGUAUCUUUGGGAACCCCAUUAUCUACACUGUUGUUAACGAGAGGUUCAAGGUUUUCUUAAAGAAUCAACUGUUUUCUCUCAUUAAACCCGGUCAACCUACCAUACAGUUUUACACAAACAACUCACAAUCAGAGCAGCAAUCCCCUGCUCGCAAAUCAAACAGUAAAACAACACUGGGGAAUCAGGUUGCUAAGGGAACGCUGGGCAAUCAGGUUGCUAGUCCUUUCAAGUGUUUUAAAGAUAACAGAGUUAGCAGCGACACUAUAACUGUGCAGCCCCUUGAUCAAUCUUUCUUGAACAGUUUACGGCAGAACGAACAAAUUCAGCAUUCGGCAAAGGGAAAAUCCUGAACUAAAUGUUUUUCAUUCCAAUACUGAAUUGUCCUUUCGAUAUUCGCACAAACUUUGAUUUGUUGCUUUAUACUUUUAAGCUUUUAUGGCAUAGCAGAGGUCUUUCAAAGCAUAUUAUAUUAUAGCCAUUAAUGAUUUAAAAUCAGAGAUGUUUAUACAAUGAGCUUGAAGAAACAGAGACUAUAACUUACAAGGUCAGGAACAGUGACUGUCGACGUUCGUUUAGAGUGAUGAUUUGCAUUCCUGAGCACUGACCGGUCCGUGUGACAGUUGGAGUAUAUCUUCCUAGUGUUGAAGAUACAGAACGAGGGUUUCAGCUGUCUUGCGUCGGCGUAUGAUAGGGAC